AUGUCGAGCACUUAUAAUCAUAUUCCUUUUACUGCUUCUAUGUUUUAUGGAGAUUCCAGACAGCAUUUUGGUUAUACUCUAGCUAAAGAAAAUUCCAGUGCUAUUCAUGCUAUGCGCCUAUUUUAUGAGUUUUCUGGUCUAAACCGAUUGACUCCUAACGACGUAGGUAGGGAGAAAGUUGUGGGAUUGGUUGAUGGAGAGGUCAGUUCAGCAUUUCAGCAGAAUAAGCUUCAGAACAAAAUCGCUGAAGAAGUAUGUCGAUGUUCAAGUGCAAUUGUUGAUCAUUUGAUAAAAACCAUAAAAGCCCAGGUAGUUUCACAACCCCAGGCGAUUGUUUCAUCUUCUGCUGCUUCAUAUUCGCAGACGUCUUUUUCAAAUUUUAGAAAGUCCAACAGAACUGCUGAAUGCUUAACUGCUCAAAUGACCGCUUUUUCUCCACUGAGCAUGAUAUGCGCUGUGCUUUUACCUAUACCACUACCUUUUUGUAUGUCUCAUCGAUUGUUUGCUGGAGCUAAUGGUUCAUUUUAUCGCAAAGAUUCUGCAGUGGUCCUUCAUAAUGAUUGCUAUCAAUUGUGUAGCUAUGAUGUAGAUAAUCAAUCUUUUGCAAAAUCUACUGAAAGUGGUUCACCUCAUCGAAAUUCUGUUUACCCGGAUGUUAAUGAAUAUUUCGAGGAGAGAGCAAAAAUUUUCAAAAGCCAGGUUCAGUAUACACGGAAAAAAAUUUUUCAUAAUGAUUCAUCUGAUGAGUUCGAGUCGCAAGAGUCUGCAGGAAAAGUCGGUACAGAAAUGCCUGCAUAG